UAGAGAGCCAAAAGGAGCACAUUAAUAUUUGGCGUUGUCAGGAUUCUUCAUCGAGUUUUAUUAAACCACCAUGACUUCCUGAAAGGACUUGUUGUUGUGAAGAUUUUGGCUGAGGAGCAAGCUCCGCUUGUUGAACAGAUGACUGAAGAUUGACUACUGCUGAAUGGUGUGGAAAAUAAUCCUGAGUAGGGGAAAAGGCUGAAGAUCUUAGAUUUAAGGAUAUAUAUAUAUAUUAGCACAAGUAAAAAUGAACCCUUUUUGGAGAUGUCGCUUGAAUCAAUCACUUUGUCUAUUAUUGCUGACCUUGAGGUACCUGAACUCUUCCUUUAUCAAAGUUAAUAAUGGCAUCACAGUGAUGAAAGGACAGAGCAGCUACCUAUCAGAAAAUGACCUACGUUUCUCCAUCCCUGAAGAGAAAGAUGCUUGCAAAGUGGAAGUCAUUGUUAACGAGCCGAUAACGCAGAGAGUUGGAAAGCUGUCUCCACAGGUAUUUGACUGUCAUUUUCUGGCUGAUGAAGUGCAGUAUAUUCAUAAUGGCUGCCCCAUUUUAGAUGAAGAUGAAGUUAUGCUCCGGCUUUACAGGUUUACAGAAACAGAAACAUUCACGGAAAAUUUUAUAUUACGAGUGAAGUUAGUGGAAGCAGACUGUAAUAUUAUAAAUCAGGGACCUAAGAAACUGGAAGUGACAGAAUUCUAUGGUUUAUCAAAUCCCAUUGACAAAAACAUACUGAGCUUUGAUUAUGAGAAAAGAAUAAAUCUGGAGUGCACGGUGCGAGUGGCAUCUUUGGAAUCCCACUUGCCAGCUCAUGGCCAGCUCGUCACCGGAGAGCCUGUGAAAGAGCCUCCACGUGGAGAUCACCCACACAGCAUCUUCAGUGGAAUCAAUCAGAAACCAAGCCCAUUGUGCAAGAGUGGGGGCUGCAUUACAGGCAUUAAUAAACUCCGGACCGUCAUAAAAACUAGCUGUGAGGAGUUCCUGCUAAUGGGGAUUAGGUAUCAGCAUCUAGAUCCUCCAUCACCAAAUAUUGAUUACAUCAGUAUCCGACUGGACCUAACUGAUACCCGGAGCAGAGCUUUGUACAAGUCAGAAUCUGCUUGGAUUCCAGUCCACAUUCAGGAUGCAAUGCCCAAUCAGAUCCCCAAAGCCGCAUUCAUGUCAAUGUUUAUUUUAGAAGUGGAUCAGUUCAUUCUCACUCCAUUGACCACAGCUGCAGUUGAUGCAGAGGACAGUGAAACAAGCAAACCUCUUCUAAUCUUCAACAUUACGGACCCUCCACGUGAGGGGUUCAUUACAAACCUCAAUGAUCACACCAAGCCCAUUACAUCUUUUACAUGGAGAGAUCUGAAUGAGAUGCUCAUAGCAUAUCAGCCACCAAACAGUAGUCACACUGAAAGAAGAAAUUUGGAGGUGGAGUUUGAAGUUCACGAUUUAUUUUUUGAAAGGAGUUCCCCCAUUACAGUUCAUAUAUCUAUUAGAACAACUGACACAAAUGCCCCUCGUGUAUCUUGGAAUAUGGGUCUUGAUCUCUUGGAAGGUCAGUCUCGAGCAAUCACAUGGCAACAGUUUCAAGUGUUAGAUAAUGAUAAUAUCAAUGCAGUUCGCCUGGUCAUUGUGGAUGGGUUACAGCAUGGACGUAUUACUUUAAGAGGAGGCAAAGGAUUCAUGUUCACCAUAAAGGACAUACAGGCUGGUGUUGUCUGCUACCAUCAUGAUGACAGUGACACAACCAAAGAUUUUGUCGUUUUCAGGAUAUUUGAUGGACGCCACAGCAUUCGUCACAAGUUCCCUUUUAACAUCCUUCCUAAAGAUGACAGUCCUCCUUUUCUCAUCACAAAUACUAUCAUAGAGCUCCUGGAAGGCCAAACUGUUCUCAUCCAAGGCUCAAUGCUGUGUGCCUCGGACAUGGACUCUAGUGAUGAUUAUAUUCACUUCAAUAUUACUAAACAGUCAGCGGCUGGGAACAUUAUGAAAAAACCAGGACAAAAUGCCUUAGCUUAUCCUGUGACCACCUUUCUGCAAAGAGACUUAUUCAGUGGCAUUAUAUACUAUAAGCAUCAUGGAGAAGAAAGGUUUGAAGAUUCAUUUGAGUUUAUUCUCUCUGACAGUCAUAUUCCCCCUAACCUAUCUGGGCCUCAGUCUGUGAUCAUACAUAUAACACCAGUGGAUGAUCAGCUUCCUAAGGAGGUCCCUGGAACAGUUCGGUAUUUGAUUCUUAAAGAAACUGAGAUUGUUUACAUUACAAAGAAACAACUGCACUUCAUAGACACGGAAUCUCCAGAAAGAGAACUUAUUUAUUCUGUUACUACACCACCAUGUCGCUCAUCACCAUCUACCAGGGAUGAAGAAGCUGGGAAGAUUGUCCUAGUAGAAACUAUCCCUAACUUUGUAAAGGAUCCCACUGCUAACAUAAUAUCAACAUUCACCCAGCAUGCUGUGAGCCACAUGAAAGUUGCAUAUAUGCCACCAAUAGAAGAUAUAGGUCCUGAUGUUCUACAUAUCCAGUUUGUGUUAUCAGUUAAGAACCACAAUGGAGGUAUCUUGCAUGGUAUCUGCUUCAAUAUUACCAUUCUCCCAGUAGACAAUCAGCCGCCACAGGUAUUGACGUAUGAAAUGAGGGUGGAAGAAGGUGGCUCUCAACAGCUGACAAUGUAUCAUAUUUCCGUCACUGACAAGGACACAAAACAAAGUCAGCUUGGAAUCAUUCUGCAGAGAGCACCGCUGCAUGGCAUAGUUCAGCUCGACGGAACACCAAUGAAUGAAGGAGAACAAUUCAACUACCUAGACCUCAGCAUGUUAAAAGUUAGGUAUCGACAUGAUGGCUCAGAGACCCUGCAGGAUGACAUUCAGUUCAUAGCCACGGAUGGUAUCAAUUUUGCUGAGUUUCUUCUAACAGUACAGGUUUCCCCAGUAAACGAUGAGCCCCCAGUUAUGAAGGACAACCUUUUACCCAUCAUAUAUUGCCCAGAGGGGGAAGAAGUAGUCCUUUCAGCUGAUUAUAUCUAUGCCACUGAUGCAGAUAGCGAGGAUGUGAAGUUGACCUUCAUGAUUGCUCGCCAGCCUCGUUGGGGCACUGUGCAGAAGGGUGGAAUCACUAUUGACCGAUUCUCUCAAAAGGAUAUUUUGGAAGGAUCUGUGAUAUACAGACAUACUGGUGGGGAGAUUGGAAUAAAGCCUUGCUUUGACAUUUUAACACUUGUUAUUUCUGAUGCUGAAUUGGAUACGGAUGUGCAAAACUGCUGUUUUAAUGGACUACAUAAUCCUGUAUUGCCAAAUCACGACUCAUUUCCUGUAUAUGAUCUCAAUAUCACUGUUCUUCCAGUGAAUAACCAGUCACCAACAAUUACGAUAGGUGAAAUAUUUACUGUGGAUGAGGGCAAGUCAAGCACACUAACAGUGAGCCACUUAUUUGCUAACGACCCUGACACUGACAGUAACACCUUGCAAUUUAUACUGGUGUCUCCUCCUCAAUACGGCUACAUUGAAAAUAUCCUCCCAUCUCCCGGGUUUGAGAAAAGUAACAUGGGGAUACGUAUUGAUUCAUUUCUACUGAAGGACAUCAUAUCUCGUAACAUAAACUAUGUACAGUCAAGACAUCAUCGCCUAGAGCCAACUGCAGACCAGUUUACAUUGUAUGUCAUCGAUGGGAAAUAUCGCUCAUUGGAGAAGCCAUUUUACAUAUUAAUUAACCCUACAAAUGAUGAAGUUCCAGAAUUCAUGGCCAGAAACAUUACAGUGGAAGAAGGUCAAAUGAAGGAACUUAAUCCCUCUGUAAUUAAUGUAUCAGACAUGGAUGUCCCCCAGAAUCACUUAUCAUUUAUUGUUACAAUACAUCCACGCCAUGGCCUUAUUAUGGAAGAGACCUACGGCACAAACUACUUGAAGCAAUUACCUAAAGGCCUUAAGAGUAAUACAUAUCCCAUGGUACAUGAUUUCACACUGGAAUGCCUUAAGAAUGGUAUGAAGCUGGUGUAUGUGCAUGAUGACUCUGAAAAUCUUUCUGACAGCUUCACAAUCCGGUUGUCAGAUGGACAACAUGAAUUGGAGAAAACUAUUUUUGUUACGGUCAUUGGAAUUAAUGAUGAAAAACCUGCAUUGACAAAGCACUGUGAUAUAGAGCUGAGCGUGGGUGAACAUUAUAUAAUUUCAAGCGCUGUACUGUCAGCUGAAGAUGAGGAUACUCCCAGAGAAGAAAUUUAUUAUAUAAUUGAUAGUGCUCCAAGACAAGGAGAACUUCAGAUAAAGGAACAUGAAAAGUGGGUGAGCUUACAGUCUGGAAUGAAAUGCACUCAAAUGGAUAUUGAUAUGAACCUCAUAAGAUAUGUUCACAAAGGAACAAUUGGUUCAGAAACUCAAGAUAGCUUUACUUUCCACUUGUGGGAUAGCAAGAACCGAUCACCUGAGCUGCAGUUCCAUGUUGCAAUCAAAGUUAUGGAGAAAGGAGACAUUGCAAUAUUUGUGAAAACACUUCAUGUGUCAAGGGGAGACAGGGUCAUCUUAAGUACUAAUGUCCUUCUGGCUUCUGAUGGCACUGAUAAACCAGAAGAUCUGCUCUAUUUGCUCUCCUCACCGCCUCAGUACGGGCAGAUUGAAUAUGUUAACCAUCCUGGAAUUCCCAUAACAAGCUUCAGUCAGAUGGAUGUGGCUGCUCAGACUGUCUGCUAUGUCCACAAUGGCAAAGCUGCAGCUGCUGCUGAUAUGUUCAAAUUCCUUGUCAGCAAUGGGCUGAGAACAAAGCAUGGUACCUUGGACAUUGCUGUGGAGAUGGUAGACAGAAUUCUUCCAAUUUUAACCAAGAAUUACGGUCUUAGACAAGGCAAAGGAGCUAUGGCGGUGAUCUUGCCGGGUACCCUUCAAGCAAUAGACCCAGAUACAUCUGUGGAGAAUAUUACAUUUUCGCUGGUGGACCCACCGCAAUAUGGGCAAUUGUAUCUGAGAGGUGCCCCCUUGCUGCAGAACAACUUUACCCAGAAAGAUAUUGAUAACAUGGAUGUUGCUUACAGACAUGGAGGACAAGAUGCUCAGAUUGAUAAGUUCACAUUUGUUGUUAUGGAUAAGACAAAUCAAGGCUUCAUAGUUGAUGGAAAGGUGCAGUGUGAGCCAGUAGUGUUCAUAAUACAAGUGGAUUUUCCAGAUAGUACAAGCCCCAGAAUUGUGCACAUUAAUUGCGCUACUACAGUUCAGUUCCUAAAAGAUGGUCGAUAUGGAAUCUACAUUACAUCUAGGGAACUAAAGGCUACUGAUCCAGGGACAGAGGAGAAAAACACUGUCUUUAAAAUAUUAAGUGGUCCUCAGAAAAGCUACUUGGAAAAUGUUACCUCAGGUAGAUUUAUUAAAGAACAAUUCACUCAAAAGGAUUUACGCAGCAAAUCUAUAUUGUAUAUUAUAAAUCCAUCACUUGAUGUGUAUCAUGAUACUGUGGAAUUUCAAGUUACAGAUCCAGCUGGGAACACAGCUACACCUCAAGUCUUGGAGAUAAAAUGGUCUCGCAUUGAAUUGCUCCAGGCUAUGUAUGUGGUGUGUGAGACCGAAGCAGUGGUGUCUUUGAGGAUGACACGAAGAGGAUACCCUGUAGACUCUGCUUUCAUUUCUAUAAAGGUAAAUGGAAUAAGUGCUGUGGAUGGGAAAGAUUAUUCUGCAAGUCCUUCAAGACUCAUUCAGUUUGACCCAGGAGUGUCAACCAAGACGUGGAAUAUAGCAAUUACCCAGGAUGGAUUAGAAGAAGACGAUGAGAUCUUUGAAGUGAUUCUAAAUUCUCCUGUGAAUGCUGUUCUUGGCACCAAGACAAGAGCUGUAGUGAAAAUUGUGGACCCCAGAGGAGGAAGCUGCAAUUUAGACUCUACAACACUUACUGGACACAGUGCAAGAAAUUGCACCUCCCAGCCAGCAUCCGUGCACUGCAGCAAACGUUUGGAGGAAUCUCUGUUUAAUACCUUGAAAGGGACUGGAGAAGGAGAAACUAGAGGAUUUGUACAAGAAGAAUUCAGCCCUGUACAGAACGGAAAGAAAAGGCUUAAGCUCAUUGGCAAUGGGAAAUCAGUAAAACCUUCUUCUGUGCACAAAAAUGGAACUGAUACUAUCUAUCGAUUUCAAGGUAUGAUGUCUCUUAGAGUGGAAGAAGAAAAACCAUCACUCAGCUCAACCAAGAUAGCCAAACUAGUAGCAACAAGCCAACGGCAGCAGAGGAUGAGAGCUCCCCUGCAAACUAUGGAAAUUCUACAGUCAGACAGAGCCCUGGCAACCUCUGAUACAUCUGCCGCAAGCCAGAAGAAAACUAUGCCCUUUCCUAAGAAAUGUACUGUGGAUUUCAAAGGUCUCUUGCAUUUUGAUGAUAAAACCCAAAAGCUUUUCCAGUGUGAUGGAAUAACAUGGAAUCCCUGGUUAACUUCAGCCAAGGCAAGAAAAUGUCCAUUUGGCUGGACUCCACAUGACAGCAGCUGCUACAGGCACAUCACUGAGCAGAAGGCCACAUGGAUCACCGCAGCCCGAAUAUGUCGGGAACAGUACCAUGCUACACUUGUAGACAUUUCCAGCAAAGAGCAGAUGACCUGGCUGUGGAACUUCAGUGGCAGAAAGCCAUUUUGGAUAGGCCUCAGUGACCGAGUAACCAAUGGCAAGUGGGAAUGGAGUACAGGACAGAAGGCCAAAUUCACCAACUGGAAAAGAAGUCCCCAACGUCGGUCAAGGAAGGGAAGGAAUUGUGUCUCAGUUCAAAAGAGAGGGAAAUGGCAGGCAAAAAGUUGCCUGAAGAAUUAUCACUAUAUAUGCUCCUUAAAUAUGUAGUCUAUCUGAUUUUUUAUUAAGUGAUGUACAUUUUGUAGGAAUAUUUAUUGUCAUUUUUAAUAAUUCCAGUUGAUUUUCUUGUGUUGGUUUGUACCACAGAAGAAAUUCACAGCAGCAGUGUUUCUCAAUCCCAGUCCUCAUGAUACCCUUCAGACCAUGCGAUUUAUUUGGUCAGACUGACAGUAGGCACAAUGACCCGUUUUCUGCCAUAUGACACUGAAGGGCAGAUGUAUUUAGCCUGGAGAAGUGAUAAAGCAGUGAUAAGGGUAAAGUGAUAAUGCACCAGCCAAUCAACUCCUAGCUGUCAUUUUUUAUACCUGCAAUGAUUGUCUGGUGCGUUAUCACCUUCCACUUAUCACUGCUUUAUCACUUCUCCCGGCUUAAUACAUCUGCCCCUGAAUCUGCUUAUGUUCACCCACAAGGAGGAGGAUGUGAUCAGGAUACACCAUAGGAAAAAUGGCCAGAUUAUCGGGAAUGCAUACACACUGCACAAUGGUGGUCAUUCUGAGUUGUUCGCUCGCUAGCUGCUUUAAGCAGCAUUGCACACGCUAGGCCGUCGCCCUCUGGGAGUAUAUCUUAGCAUAGCAGAAUAGCGAACGAAAGAUUAUCAAAACUGCUACUAAAUAAUUCUUUGCAGUUUCUGAGUAGCUCCAGACCUACUCCUAGAUUGUGAUCAGCUCAGUCCGUUUAGUUCCUGGUUUGACGUCACAAACACGCCCUGCAUUUGGACAGCCACUCCCCCGUUUCUCCAGACACUCCCGCGUUUUUCCCUGAGACGCCUGCGUUUUUUAGCACACUCUCGGAAAACGCUCAGUUACCACCCAGAAAUGCCCCUUUCCUGGCAAUCAUUCACCGAUCAGCAGUGCGACUGAAAAUCGUCGCUCGAACACCAGCAAAAAGUUUUGUGUUAAAUAACUUAGCGCAUGCGCUCUGCGUACCAUGCGCAUGCGCAGUUAGCAACAAAUUGCAGCAUAGCGAAAAUCGGCAACGAGCGAACAACUCGGAAUGACCGCCAAUAUCGGGACCUUUUUGACCGAUAUCUUAUGACAAGGCCAAAACCAAGUGUUUUUGCUAAUUUUUUAACCGUUUUAUCUGCGUUUGCCCAAAAUGCUCAUGCCUACACACAAUGCAGUUAAACAGGCCAAUCACCCAAUUAUUGGCGAAUCAGCCCAAUAAAUGUAUAGUGUAAUGAUAGCUACACAGUGCAUGUUUGCCAGCUCAUCGAGCUGGAGCGCAGGUGUGUUAAUUGACCAACACAAUACAUCUACAGGUGGUACUAAUUACAGUGAGGAUAUCUGGAAACCAUGAGGACAUGGAGUUUGAGAAACAUUGCAUUAGAUUAUAACCUCCUAUGUUAUAAAACUCUAUGAACGUAAACUAUGUUUUUUCUAUAGUUUUUUUCUGUAGUGUAUUAAAGUAUGUGUCUUCUAAACGUAGAUGUAAUGUGAAUGCUACAGUACAUUAUAUGUUAAGUACUAUUAAUUGCAUUUGAAUCAGUACUACUAUUUCAUUUUCAUUAGCACUCAGAUCAACUUUUGUCUACUACAUGCUAAUUGUUCCUCAUGGGGGGAUCAACUAAAAAGUUUUGAUCACCUAGGUCUCACAGGUGCAAAUGAAUGCCCAGAGGAAAUAAAUCCCAUUUAGCCCUUAUGAUAAGAUUUGGGUGAGCAAAUGGACUUUUCCAAACACACUUUCUGACAAGGCCCUGUCAGCUUCAAUGUUGCCUUGCUUCCUGUCAGCUUCAAUGUUGCCUACAGCGUUUACAAGUAUUACAGCAUAUUUAAUUGCCGCGGCCGGACCGAUUCAAUUAGCAUUGAGUACCCUGUGAGUGAAUCCCUGAUGGUGGACUGAACCUCGCAGAUGCAUGAGCUGCAACAUAAAAUCUACGAGAAAAUGUCAUGAUCAGGGGUUUACGUGUGGGAAAAGCCAAUUCAUUAUGCAGUUUACACAAUAUCAGUGGGUUUCCACAUGGUAAUCCCCAUUUUUAGGCACAAGAAAAAGGCUAUUUCACUUUAUAGCCUUUCCCCGUGCUGUAGAAAUUUUAGCUGCCAAUUAGCCGUGGAUAUGCAGGCAAGGGUUUCAGUCCCGGGUCUGACCCGGUUUGGUACUGUGGGGCACAUGUACUAAGCAGUGAUAAAAGUGGAGAUGUGAGCCGGUGGAGAAGUUGUCCAUGGCAACCAAUCAGAGGCGACACAUAACAUUUAUAAUUUGCAUACUAUAACAGUAUACAGAGCAGCUGAUUGGUUGCCAUGGGCAACUUCUCCACUGGCUCACUUCUCUACUUUUAUCACUGUGUAGUACAUGUCCCAGUUCCAAAUUUCGGGUCAGACCUGGGACUUAUAUGGAAAAGGGGUAUUAGUGUCUACUAGUGUGCCAUUGUUUUUUAAUGAUCAUGUUUUCCAGGCAUUUAUCUUUUUAAAGGUCUGUCUUUUGUAAAUGGCUAUUAAACAUUGUUGUUUUAGGUCUGCAGAUCUUGUUAAUCACCUGUAAAAUCAUAAGGUGGGUACACACGUAGGGAUGUGUGCUUAAUUUCUAAGCAAUCUGACUAGAUUGCUUAGAAAUUAAGCACACAUCGCUCUGCAUGUAGGGGUGUUGGCAACAGCGUUGCGUGGCCCCACGCGUCGCUACCGCCGGUUCUAGAUUUGGCACCAUGCCUGCCAGAUCUAGUCAGAUCACUCACUUCACAGCUGAGUGAAGUGAGCAUUUUGUUUGUUUUUUCCCCCUCGCUAGAUCGCUAAGCACACAUCUCUGGGAGAAAUCUCUACGUGUGUGCCCCCUUUACACCUAUAGCAAAAGCUAUCUACAACACAACAGGUGCUUUCACCUUCUGAUAAAGCUACUGGUAACAUUCAUAGAAAUUGAUGUCCAUUCGGAUUGUCUCUGAAAUGGAGACAUUAAGUCAUACUUGCCUACCUGACCCUCUCCAUGA